UGCCCUGGAGAGGAAUAUUGAGGGUGAACAAUGAGGAAGCCAGAGUUGUGCAGUACUAAAAACAACAACAAUAGCAAACUUAGAAAGGGAUUGUGGUCACCAGAAGAAGAUGACAAGCUCAUGAACUACAUGCUAAACAAUGGACAAGGUUGUUGGAGCGAUGUGGCAAGAAAUGCUGGCUUGCAAAGGUGUGGCAAAAGCUGUCGGCUUCGAUGGAUCAAUUACUUGAGGCCUGAUCUUAAAAGAGGUGCAUUCUCACCCCAAGAAGAGGAACUCAUCAUCCAUUUGCAUUCCCUUCUUGGCAACAGAUGGUCUCAAAUAGCAGCGCGCUUGCCUGGGCGAACUGACAAUGAAAUAAAAAACUUUUGGAAUUCAACGAUAAAGAAAAGACUUAAGAACAUGUCGUCCACAACCACAACCUCAACCUCCCCAAAUGCAAGCGAGUCCUCGUCAGAGCCUAGUAAAGACCUCAACAUGGGAGGGUUUAUUUCCACACAACAUCAUCAUGAUCAUCAUGCAAGCUUUGUGCCCAUGUUUGGUUCAUCUCCAUCUUCAAUGCCAACCACAGUUCUCGAUUCCGUGAUUGAUAGGUUGCCUGUGCUGGAGUAUGGACUUAACAUGCCAGCUUCUGGAGGGUACUUCAAGGGCACAGGGAGCUUUUCACAAAGUGGAGUUGACAAUAAAGGUUCUUUUUUAGAAAAUGGAGUUUUUGGGAGUGUAAAUAUUGGAGUAGAAGGGGAUAUGUUUGUUCCUCCCCUUGAGAAUGUUAGCACCUCUAUUAAUCAUAACCAGAGAGUAAUUGAGAGCACGUGCAAGAGAGAAACUAACGAUUGUUACUUUGAUGACAUAAAUAGUAUGCUUAAUAACUGCAACAUUAACAACAAUAAUAAAGGAGCUGAAAAUAAGGCUGGGAUGGAGAGUUUGUUUCAAGAAGAGUUAACCAUGGGAGAGUGGGACUUUGAGGAGUUGAUGAAAGAUGCUACCUCCUUUCCGUUUCUUGAUUUUUCAUUCUGAUUGAUCCUAUAAUUGUUAAAUUCUCCACAGAGCCUAUGCGAAUCUUGCACAUCUGGUGGAUCUCCACAGAGCCUUGUACAAUAUAUAUUGGUAUUUUUGCCGUUAUACCAAGGAACAAGUUCACAAAUUAACAAGCAGGUAGGUCUCAAAAUAAAAAGUCCCAACAUAUAUUCCUGGGUUCGAGAUCUUGUAAUUAGUCUUGCAGGUUAAUUUGUGUAUUAUCAAAUUUUUAGAUCAUCUCUCCUUA